AUGGCUGCUCCUCCCGCCAAAAGGCAGCGCAAACUGGUGGUGCUCUCAUCAUCAGAUAACGAGGACUCGAUUGUACCGUCGCCAUCAGUGGAUUUGACCAGUCCCGAGAGGAAGAGUACUUCUUUGGUAUACACUUUAUCAUUCUCUAUCAGAUUUUUCCUGGCGUUUAAGCUAAUCUUUCAGACCUACUCUAGAUCAGCGGUGAAUACUAGUAUAUCAUCAUCAUGCGAGAAUCCUUCGAAGCGGUCGAAGACAACAGCAUCAACAACAACCAAAUCCAAGAUGAGUGAGAAAACCAAGUCGCGCGCGUCUUCUCGAAAACAACCGAAGGAUUCGAAAGUGCCAACUUCCCCAUCACCAAAGAAAAAGACUCGUCAACAAAGACAGCUGCCAAGUGAAUCAACACGAUCAUUGCACAAUUUCUUCCAGCCUGCAACCGAUGAACAACGAUGGUCAUUCACCAAAUCAGAUGCUGGCUUACGACAAGCAGAGGAGGCCUCCUCCUUUGCGGAAGAACUGGAGGAUGAUCUGAUUGAAGAUGACUGGCUCGAAGACGACUGGAUUGAUGGCAGUCUUGAAUCUGCGCGUUGUUUGGAUAAGCCGUCGAAUGAACUUGCAAUUCGAGAUUCGGCCAAUAAGAACAGCACGAUGGCGUCUGCAAUUUCAAAGACGGUUUCGCGUACUUCUUCGAAGCGGUUUAUACUGGAUGACGAUGAAGUCGUCAAGCGGACAGACGUAGCUUCUACGACAGAAGAGCCGGGGCGGAAGCCUUGGUCAGAUCAAUAUCCGCCCACACUCCUGGAUCAAUUGGCUGUUCACAAAAAGAAGGUGGCUGAUGUCAGACAAUGGCUUAGUAUUGCGUUGUCCGGGAGAACUAGGCAUAAAAUACUUGUACUCCACGGUCCCGCAGGAUGUGGAAAAACCGCAACUGUCUCGCUGCUUUCCGACGAGCUGAACUUCGACAUUGUCGACUGGAAAAAUCCCUUCGGCACUGAUACCGGCAAUGGCCAAUACAGUUCUCUAAGCUCUCAAUUCGACUACUUCUUGGGCCAAUUGAACAGUUUCGGUGGUCUUGAUCUGAGUGAUUCUUCGGCUCCUUCAGCAUCAAAGACCCAUAUAACUAAACAGACAUCAUCGCCGUCGGCCCAAAAAAGAGUUAUAUUGAUAGAAGAAUUUCCAGCCAAUUUAUCCUGGGGCUCUACUGCGUUGUCUUCGUUUCAGACAUCUCUCCGACGGUAUUUAGCGUCAAGCUCAUCUAAUUCAAGAAAUAUAUUCGGAAAUACACCGGACACAACGCCGCCUAUUGUCAUUAUAAUCUCAGAGACAAUGCUAGGAACGAGCGGAGCGACGUCUGAGAAUUUGACCGCGCACAGAUUACUCGGCCCAGAAGUGUAUACUCAUCCCGGCACAACAACCAUCGAAUUCAAUCCUAUAGCACCCACAUUCAUGCUGAAAGCCUUGCAACUCAUCUUAAGAAAGGAAGCCAACCAGUCGAAACGUCAGUGGAUACCGGGUAUCGAAGUCCUAAAAAAGCUGUCUGAAUUGGGGGAUAUCCGCAGCGCUAUAUCUGCACUUGAGUUCCUCUGUUUACGAAAUGACACGACCAAUCAAGGAUGGAGUGGCAGGGUUGCUUGGAAGUCGUCAAAAACUACAGCUCCACUGACUGCCAUGGAAAAAGAAUCGUUGGAGCUGAUUACGCAGCGCGAGACUAGUCUUGGUUUAUUUCAUGCUGUUGGCAAGGUGGUUUAUAAUAAGAGGGAUGAAACUAUAGACCCAGCGGAGACAGGACAAGAACUUCACGUUGCACCUCCAAGUCAUUUAAUGCAUUUAGACCGCCCGAAGGUAUCGCAGGUAUCUGUUGAGGAUAUGAUGGACAAGACUGGGACAGAUGUUCACAUUUUCACUGCCGCUUUACAUGAGAAUUACCCUCCAUCAUGCGAUGGGCCGACAUUUACAGAGACACUGGAAGGAUGCAUCGAGCAUCUAUCAGAUAGUGAUAUCCUGGGCUCGGAAACUCGAUCAUUCUUAUACAACAGCAGGAAUGGAAUUGGAACCGCGCGCGGUCGAUUCCUAGGCUACGGCAUAAGUGUUGACCGAUUACGACAGGACGAAAUCAGUUUCCAUGUUGCGGUGCGCGGAAUGUUGUUUUCUUUGCCGUACCCUGUGCGGAGGAAAGUCGAUCAGUCUUCUUUCUUGGCAUCAUCGACUAAGGGCAAGCGCGUUGGCCCGUACAAACUCUACUAUCCGACUUCGCAACGACUAUGGAAGAAUAUUGAGGAAGUUGAUGGGUUGGUGAAUCUGUGGGAGAGACAGCUCUUGCUAGACCCAUCUGGUAUCAGGCACCCAGGCCAACACAGCGUUGCCGCUGUCCGUGACGGAGGUGUUGCGUCCUGGAAGGCGAAUGCGAUGAAUUCGAAUCUAUCGUUGAACACAAAUUCCAAACAACAAGACAAUGACUCGCAGCAGAUGCCUUUCAUGAUGUCUCGUGAAGACAUGCUUCUUUACUAUUUGCCGUAUCUGUCCAAAAUCAUGGCUAAUAAUCAUGUGAGUUCUCCCCGCGGGUUGGAUCGAAUCACGCAAUUCAAAGGCAUCCAUCCUCCCGCGGAAGAGGACUUUUUAGAGGAUGAUGCACAGGAAGAAAUCGAGGGUACGAAUAGCCACCGACCUGGGAUCCGGCGCUUGGACACGCACGAUGUUGUAGAGAAAAAGGAGGACCAAUUGUUUUUAAGCGACGAUGACAUUGAGGACUAAUUUAUGACUUGAUUUAUUUCGGGAGGUUGUAUGAUGACUGCAUAGCCGGAGUUGGAUAUUGAAUUUAUAUAUUGUAUCUUGAUGCCGUAAAAGU